UUUGCAGUGUGGAAAGAACAAUGAUUCAUAACAUCAUGGGAGCAUACCAGCUUGAACCUGGAGGCUCCAUUAACUACAACCUCAAGGACUUGUCUCUGUCGGUGUUCAACUUCAGUGAGGCUCAGCUCAACGACUAUGAAAUCAAGAAAGAAGCUCCACAGCUGCUGCCACAGAACACAUCAUUUAUCCCGGACAUUUGGCUGCCUGCAGAUGCCCUGCACACCCUCCCAAAGGAGAAGAGGGUUAUUGGUUUGGUCAGCUACAUGCAGCAGAGCCAGUUCAAAUUUAAACAGGAAGAAAUCUCAUCAAUGGUUCUCAGAAUCGAGGUGCUGGGAGAAAACCGCCUUCAGGAUCUGCGCAAGCCAAUCAAGAUGACUUUCAGAACUGCUCUUCACACAUCUAUGGAUAAUGAGUCGUGGUUCCAGUGUCACUAUUUUGAUGAACGUGGUAGUGAUAACCAAAGUAUCAUUACUUGCAACUGCAACCAUGCAACACCCUUUGCAGUCCUACUGGUGAAAGUCCCAAUUUCAGAAAUCCACUGGAGAAUCCUGUCAAACAUCAGCUACAUAGGCUGCGGCCUGUCAGCGUUCUUCACUGCUUUGUCCCUUGUGAUAUAUGUCUUUGGUCGAAACCAAAAAAUGGAUUACUCCAUCUCUAUCCAUGUAUCUCUGAGCGGGGCCCUGCUUCUGCUCAAUACAACCUUCCUGCUGACCGAGUGGGGGGCCACAGUAGAGCCGGCCUGGGUGUGUGUGUGUGUCGCAGCUCUUAUGCAUUACUCCUUGCUCUGCUGUUUCACCUGGAUGGCCAUAGAGGCACUCCACCUCUAUCUACUGCUAAUAAAGGUGUUUAACACCUACUUCAAACACUACCUGGUCAAACUGUCUCUGGCUGGAUGGGGAAUCCCUGGUGUAAUCGUGGCAGUCUCUUUGGGAAUGAAGGACUUCAAAGAGUUUUACGGACUUACAGAAAUGACCAUGGCUGAUACUAACCAAACCAACGCCAUCUGCUGGAUCACAGAUGACUCCUACUUCUACUCCUUGAACCUGGUGUAUUUCACCCUUAUAUUCAUUUUCAACUCUGGCAUAUUGUUGGUAGUGGCCUCUAACAUCUGCAAAAUGAAACAAGUAUUCAGGGGCACUUCAAAGCUUGGAGCAGAGGCUCAGGGAAAGACUUUGAGAGACUCCGGGAAUUUCCACGAGCGCUGCAGGAGUGGCCUCACCAUCAUGGGUCUUACCUGUCUGAUGGGGACCACCUGGGGCCUGGCCUUCCUGGGCUCAGGAUAUAUCAACUACCCCAUCCUCUACCUCUUCUGCAUCCUCAACUCUGCACAAGUUAGCUGUGAACAAGUGCUCCCUUACUGUCUACAACUGAACAAUGUACCCUGGACCAGGUGCUAUGAGGACAAAAUUGGAAGCUGUUUUAAAGCGAGAAACCAAAAUCCAAACUUCAUUCAUGAGAGAGUGAACUGGUCUCAAAAGGUUGAAAAGAGUCCAACUCCUGAACACAGCCUUUCCAUCCCCGCCUCGGCUCUCCAGAGAAGCAGAGGACAGGAAGUGCGUGGCGAGGAUGUACUGUUGGUGACCACUGUGAUCAACAGCACUUUGUUUCAGCUGAGUCGAAGAAAACGGAGCCGAGUCUUAACACCAGACCCACCUGCCCCCAGUGUCCUGGGGGAUUUAGUCCUGGUGGUGAGGGCAGGGAACGUUCCUGUCCAAAACCUCUCCCAACCCAUCAAACUAACCUUCAAACACAACAAACAGGUAGGAAAUGGGACAUGUGUGUUUUGGAAGGAGUCACCGCUUAAUGAUGGAACAGGUACCUGGAGCACAGAGGGCUGUGAGACCCAUGACACUGGAGCUGAAUUUAUUUGCAGCUGCAACCACAUGAGCUUCUUUGCAGUGCUUGUGAACCCUGUGUUAUCAGUGAGACAAAGCGAUGCUGUGAACCUGAGCUAUAUCACCUACACUGGCUCAGCGCUCUCCGUCUUCUUCACAGUCAUCAGCUUGAUCAUCUAUAUAUGUCUACAACGUCGGCGUCCAGAGAAGGCUACUGGGGUCCAUUUGCAACUGACAGGAGCGCUGCUCUGCCUCCAUCUCACCUUCCUGCUGUGCAGCUUCUGGGUGUGGCAACUAUCUGAGAAUGAAGAGGGCUGGGUUUGCAAGGGUCUGGGUCUCUUUUUACACUGGUCCCUGCUGGCCACCUUCACCUGGACGGCCCUGGAAGGCUUCCACCUCUACCUGCUCUUAGUCCGAGUCUUCAACAUCUACGUCAGGAAAUACCUGCUAAAGCUCAGCGUGGUGGGAUGGGGUGUUCCAACACUGGUUGCCGCGGUUUGUGGGAUUUCAGGUGUUUAUGGCAAAUACAGUCUGAGGGAUGCCAACAACCAGACUUCAGCAGCACAGAUAUGCUGGAUGAGCAGCCAGUCCCCACAUAGGCUCCUAGUCGGCUACAUCACUACCGUGGCCGUCCCAGGUGUGCUGGUGAUACUGUGUAAUUCCUGCAUGCUGGCGCUGGUGGUGUUUAAGCUCUGGAGGCUACGGGCAAGUAGUUUAGGCACUGAAAGCAGUGGCUGGAAGAAGAUAAACAGGGAGAAAGGGAUGAAGUUAUUGAAAGACGCUGCCACAGUGCUGGGCCUCAGCUGUGUGCUGGGCUUACCUUGGGGGUUAGCGAGCACCACCUACAUCUCCCUCCCUGGGAUCUACAUAUUCACCAUACUAAACUCGCUGCAGGGUCUAUUUAUGUUCCUGUGGUCUGUGGCUUUGACCUGCAAGUCUCGAUCUGACAAUGACUCCUCAGUCAGAGACCCUUCUUCUCAGAAAAUAAUGACUACCAGUUUCAACAACUGAUGUUCACAACUACAACAAAUUACUACUAUUAUUUAUUUAUAUGAGGUGUUCCUUUGGAGUCCAAUUAUGUGCAGUUAAA